GGGGGCAGGGCUGCAGGCAGUUUGAACGGGCGCGGCGACCAAUCCGCUACGGCGGGGGGCGGGCCCCCGGGCGCCGCGGGUCAAGUUGCUGUGGCGGGUAGGGCUGUGGAAAACAAGAGGCUGUAAGUGCGCCGCCGGGAAACCAUUUGGCAGCAGCCGCGGAGGGAGCAGAGCCCCGCGCCGCCGCCCGCUCCACUCAGCCAGGGACCCGCCGCCGACCUCACCAUGGGCAAAGGCGACCCCAACAAGCCGCGGGGCAAGAUGUCCUCGUACGCAUACUUCGUGCAGACCUGCCGCGAGGAGCACAAGAAGAAGCACCCGGACUCGUCCGUCAACUUCGCGGAGUUCUCGCGGAAGUGCUCGGAGCGGUGGAAGACAAUGUCUAGCAAGGAGAAAGGGAAGUUUGAAGAAAUGGCUAAAGGAGACAAAGCUCGUUAUGACAGGGAGAUGAAAAACUAUGUUCCUCCUAAAGGCGAGAAGAAGGGGAAGAAGAAGGACCCCAAUGCUCCUAAAAGACCACCAUCUGCAUUCUUCCUUUUCUGUUCUGAACACCGUCCAAAAAUAAAAAAUGAUCAUCCUGGCUUGUCUAUUGGAGAUACAGCAAAGAAAUUAGGAGAAAUGUGGUCUGAACAGUCGGCCAAAGAUAAACAGCCAUAUGAACAGAAGGCUGCAAAACUAAAGGAGAAAUACGAAAAGGAUAUUGCAGCAUAUCGUGCCAAGAGCAAGAGUGAUGCAGGAAAAAAGGGCCCAGGUAGGCCUGCAGGAUCUAAGAAGAAAGCAGAACCAGAAGAGGAAGAGGAGGAGGAAGAAGAUGAGGAAGAGGAGGAAGAAGAUGAGGAUGAGGAAUAAGUGAAUGUCCUACUGUAAAGAUUUACGCUCAAGACCCAAUGUUUUGCUAAGAAUGUGAACUCAAGUGCAGCUCAUUGUUAGCUUCAGUAUAAAAAUCUGUACAGAAUUGUGUAUAGGUAAUGUGGUUCUAUGUAGGGAGACCUCUAUUUUUAAUGUAAGUAGUAGCUGAUGGCUGCUACAGUUUGGUUUAAAAAGAAGAAAAAGUUGUGGAAUGUUUCUUCGUAUUUAAUGGUUUUGUUGAAAUUCAGUGACUGAUAGCCAGGUGUUUCUUUAUAGCUAAGUAAAACAAAGGAGGUAGCUUAAUAGCUGAUCUUAUAUUUUGUAGUAUAUUGCAUUGUAUUACUUUUUUAACAGUUUUGUAAUAAAAUGUUGUACAUGA